UAAUAGAAGACAAAGGAUGUGUGUAUCGCAUAAUUGGAUAAACUGUUUAUACCAGUGUUAUCGGGUAAAUAGACUGGCGUUGUUAUAACGCGUUGUUUCAAUUGUGAGUUGUAAAAGAUUUACGCACUAGAAAUGGAAUAAGUGGUAAAAGAUUUACGCACUAGAAAUGGAAAAAUACGAGGAAAUGUUAGAUAUUGCAUUUGCAAUGGAUUGCACAGCAAGCAUGGGAAUCUAUAUAGCUGUUGCUAGGGAGAACAUAAUACAAAUUGUUAGGGAUAUAAAACAACGUAGGCAGUGUGACGUCAGACUUGCUUUAGUUGAAUAUCGUGAUCAUCCACCGGCAGAUGAAACCUUCAUCACCCGUACACACGACUUCACACAUAUUCCAGGAGAGAUGAGAAAGUGGUUGUAUGCGUGCGAUGCAGCUGGGGGUGGAGACCUCCCGGAAGCUGUUGCAGACGCUUUACAAGAAGUUCUUUUGUUAAGUUGGAGAGAAGAUGCUACGAAGAUAUGUGUGUUUAUAACAGACGCCCCGCCUCACGGACUUGGAACAUUUGCUGAUAAGUUUCCUGGAGGAUGUCCAGAUGGACUGGAUCCACUGGUUAUUUGCCAAGCGCUAGCUAAAGCAGGUAUUGCAGUGUAUGUAGCGGGUUGUGAACCAAGUAUCUGUGCGUAUAAAGACUUUUACUUGGCUCUUACACAUAUUACAGGUGGACAAUACGUACCUAUGGAAAAAUCUGACUCGUUAGUAAAACUGAUUACAUAUGGAGCUAUUGAAGAAUUGUCACUUAGAAAAUUUGAAAAUGAAGUUGACGAAAUUGUGCGAGCUCAAAUAAUUAAAGGUCGUGCGCUUGAUGAGGAAUAUGUAGCACGACAGUUACAUAUACAGAUAACAAAACGUGGAGAAAAAGUAUCACAACUGCAAAUGAAUAAGAAAGAGCUGGCGUCAGCCAUGUCUUCCAAAUUUGCCAGGUCUUUGACGACAAUGAAAUCUUUUUCUGAGAUCCAAGAUGUUUACAAACUCCCUAAAGAAUUAAGAUUGUCGGCUAUAAAAGAUUUACAUCUCAGUGUGCCCGAUUCAGAUCGUCCCUCUGUAGCUGGUGACUCAGACACGGUUUCGCUAAACACCACACAAACGCCCGAUUCUGCAAGAUAUUCUCUUGCUGGAGAUGAGUAUCGUAGCAGUGAUUCUUUGUCACCCGGGACAGACAAGCUAGUUGAUAAAAAGGCUAAAAGAACUGUCAGCAAAAGUAAAGGGUUAAGAGGUGUACUACCGCCGUUGGAGGAAUUAAUGACUUCUUCGAGACCAGGUAGUGCAGAUUUACCAACUCGUCGAAGUGGCGUAGACGGAGUGUUGAGACCGAAAUCAAGUGACAGUGCAAAGCACGUAACCAAAUCAACUGCAGACAAAACUCCUUCUGUAGAUAAAGGCAAUGAUCUAGAAAGUGUGGAAGCUAACUUGUCAUUAUCUCAGUCUGUCAGAUUGGUGCAAAGAUCUCUUCAAAAGUUUAAAUAAGUAAUCCGAUAUGCUUCGAAUUUUCCUACUUAAGACUGUUUAAAGACAGUGCAUUCCCCGACUCUCUCACCUUCGUACCGAAACCCUCGAGGAGUACAUGUUUGAAUGUAUUUCGUGAAAAUUUACACAAAAUAUACAAAAAAGUGAAACAUAAACAUCGACCACAAAAAAGACAAAUAAAGGAACACAGUGGGACACUGUUUUCGAACGGUCAGUGGCAAACAAAAACAACCGAAGAGUUUAGACCGGUUAAUGGAGCACCAAAUCUCACCCUCAACCCUUACAUCACGGUUAAAAAAACGUGUCUUUUUGAUUUUCUAGCGGGGAAAGACAAGGUUAUUCGGGUAGUACAACAGUUUAUCUAGGAAAACGAUUAGCUACACGUGCUCAUAAUUUUAUCAGUGUCAUAAUUUGACGUUAUAUUUUGACGUCUAAGCGUAUGAGAGAUUUUUAAUUUAAAAGAUUUUUGAAAAAUGUUGCAAUAGUAUUAAUGGUAGGCAAUAUAAAUAUUAUUUAACAUGUCUGUCUGAAUAAAAACGGAUGAAGACAAAACACUGACCGGACCACUAAAAUUAACAGACUACUGACCGGGACAGCGUGGAUAAAAACGCUCGCUAUCGCUCGGCUGUUCCACGGCCUUUGGGAAACAGUCUUACGAGAUGAACUACGAUUACGUAGGAAUCAUCAAUUCCUACUAUUCUUUAAAAUUUCAUUGGGCCCUAGUAUGUUUUUAUAGACUGAAUUAGAGUCACAAUGUUUCAUUCAAAAUCAAUAUGAUAAAUGUGCAGGUGCGUGUGUGUGUGCAUGUACGUAUGUGUAUGCGUACGUGCAUGAGUGCGUGUGAGAGAGAGAGAGAGACUGAGAGAGAGAGAGAGAGAGAGAGAUCUUGUCAGCAAAUGCGCAUAGGCAGAUGCCAGUUUGUGAUAACAUAUAGUGUACGCUAUUUCUUGGCCCAAUAGAAACCAUUUUCUGUCAAAAUAUAUCCUACAAGUAGAAGAAAGAGACAUAUGUGUUUACUAAAUGUGCGGGGGAGCAGAUUAUGAGUUGUCUUAACUUUAUUUAUAGGUGUACAACCGACAUGCUACACUAGGAAGAGCGUCCUGAUUUUGUUUUUAUUGGAAACAUAUAUCUGACAAUGCACAUAUUGAAUAGACAUUUAAUUGAUAAGGAGGUACAAAAUUGGUAAAAUUUAGUUAAAACGACAGAAAAUAUUAAACAAAAAGGAAAUGUGUUUGUUUUACAUGCAAGAUCAAGGCAUUGACCCUCUUGUGAAAAUAUAAAGCAUGUGGCGUUCACUGUUGAUGUAUACUAGUAAUAGAGAUAUUAUAUUUUGAUAUUAAACUGAAACAAACAGUUA